ACUUGGGAUAUUUAAGAAACUGUUUGAUAUUUUAGAAAGAGAUGUCCACGAUAUUGACUGUCAAAUAUUUUAUUUGCGACAGAAGACUCUUGAUCCAACUAGUGAUCAUGAAUUGACAGACUUCGAAACAGCCAUUUCAGAGGCCGCCACAAUGAGAAACAACAGUAUUACUAAAAUCAAAUCCUUGAAUGACGCUAUUGAGCAGAUGCGGGAUGAACUCCCGUUAUCAAUCCUUGCUAAUAGUGAUGUAAUGUCCAACAAAGUAGCAGACAUCUGCUACGAAAUUGCUGUAAAAGAACAGAAGGUGAAAGACUUGGAAAAUCAUAUAGAUCAAGAGCUGAAAUUCGCAAGUGGCCCAUUGGCAACAAGUAUGGAUGAUGUUUUGCAUGCUAAUAAAAUACCAAGACAACAAUACCAUGGGAAAAGCUUCGUUGGAAAUCAUGUUCACAAAGCCUGCAAGGUAAGUACUGUACCGUAUCAAUAACUACAUUAUUUUUGUAAUUGAAAACAAAUUUUUUUUGUU